GCUGGUCGCCUGCUGAUGCGGAAAUUAAUUGCAGAAAAGUUGUGCAUACCUUGGAAUGAAGUACAUUUGCAAAGGACAUCAAAGGGAAAACCUUUCCUGGCUAAUAGCUUGCACAGUGUCCAUUCAAACUAUAACUUCAAUAUCUCUCAUCAAGGAGAUUAUGCAGUCCUUGCAGCUGAGCCUGAGCUUCAAGUUGGCAUUGAUAUUAUGAAGACUGAUUUGCCAGGUAGUAGCUCAGUUCCAAAUUUCUUUCACAUCAUGAAGCGACAGUUUACCGAAACAGAGUGGGGUAUAAUCAAGUCUAUGAGUAAUGAAUGGAUGCAGCUGGACAUGUUUUAUCGGCAUUGGGCCUUAAAGGAAAGCUACUUAAAGGCUAUUGGAGUUGGAAUUGGCUUUAACUUGCAAAGAAUUGAGUUUAUUGUGUCCCCAUUGCAACUGGAAAUAGGGAAGGUAUAUAAGCAGACAAAAAUGCUUCUGGAUGGAGAAAAAGAAGAGGAGUGGACAUUUGAGGAAACCCGGUUAGAUGACCAUCAUCAUGUUGCAGUGGCACUCGGGAAACAGGAGGGAUUUGUACAGAAGAAUUCUGAUGUAGAUUCCAUGGAGCCUAACGAACCACAGUUUACAUUAUUGACUUUUGAAGAUUUAGUCGCAUCUGGUAUUCCAGUCACACCUGAGGAUUCUGCAUAUUGGGACAAUUUUUGUUCAAAGCUGGAGAGUCCAGUGAAACAGAGUUCAUAUUCAAGACAAGAAAGCUU